AUGAACUUGCUGACAUCUUCAAUCAUCAAGAAAGAAUUAAUCCGUCAUUAAAAAGACCAAUGACUGAUGAUGAAAUUCGUGGCCUCAUGGUGAUGCGUAUGUUGCCGACUUCAAAUACUUUUUGUUACGCAUUAUAUUACAUCUCGCACCAUCCAGAAGUUAAAAAAAAAUUGCUGGAAGAGAUUGAAAAAGUGUUUGAAGAUGACCCAAACAGGCCGAUAACAUUAGAUGAUGUUACAAAAUUAAAAUACACUGAAGCAAUUGUUAAAGAAACGCCAAGGAUGAGACCUACGCUUGGCUUGCUCCCGAGAUAUGGUAAUCCAUCCAACGGAGUAGCAGGAUACGUGUGGCCAACCAAAAUGUACUUUAUAAUAAAGAUUGAUGUCGAAUUGGUAGAUAUGCAAGCACCUUUAAAA